AUGUUCAGGAAUGUCUUCAUUGGUGAAGUGCUGGAGGGGAAGUUGGAGACCAGUAAAAUGGUGACGGUCCAGUUUGGGGAAUUUGAGGCCUGUGUGCCGUCAAUUCUGGCCAAAGUCAGGGAGGCCCUUGGAGAGCAGGAAACCAUGAUUCUGACGGACAGUCAAGGAAAUGAGAUCCUUGACUCUGAGGGCACCAGGGGAUCAUGGUUUUGGAAACAAAAUUCCAGGAAGGUGUUUGCCGUGCCGGAGAAUCAGUUGGGUCCUCUACAGGCCAACAAGAGGAAGAGACUUAGUCGGUGCAACGAAACUGCCUCUGUGAUUGCCGAGAUAGAGGAGGUGGUUGAGGCAGCCCAGGAACUGAAGGAGGUGACGAAGGUCAUCAAGGAGUUGAGUGGCGCGUCUGCACGGUCAACUGUCCUGGUGUUGGCCGAACCAGAAGUGACAACCAUAAGGGCGGCAUUUGGUUGUCUCAUCUGCAAAGGUCUUGCUGUUAGACCAGUGUUUGCCACAUGCUGCAGGAGCAUUAUUGGGUGCCAGAGGUGUGUCCGUGUGUGGACACAAGAAAGACCUUCAUGUCCAAAGUGCCGGGCAGAUGCAGUGGAGAGCUGCAGCCAUGAGGUAGCAGGGCUGUCAGAGGCGUUGGCCCCGUUUGAAAAACUGUUUCAAUAA